AUGAUUGCCAACGCGUCCUCCUCGUCUUCUUACGAGUUUACGAGACACCAAAAUGGCGUCACUGAUCCCACUUUUGAGACAUCUGAGAGCUCCUCCGCUCAUUCCUGGAAAGAAAAUGGCGUCACUGAUCGGAUAGUCUGCUUUCUAGAAGGCCUGGGGUCCCCCUCCGGGUGCCGGCACGAGGACUUCCGGUUGCAGAACGGUCAAGAGGCGUUUCGUGGUUUGCACUCCGAUUGGGUGACGAACGAGCUGCUGGCGUGCGCGAGACCGACGGAUGCGAUGAUUGCGGAGGGGCUGGCGGAUCGAUUCGCGGAACGAGGCAUCAGGCUCAUCGUAAACCUGGAGGUACAGAUGGGUGCUUAUGGAGGCAGUGGAGGUAUAUGUGGGUGCAUAUGGAGGUACAGAGCGGUGUUUGCGGGAAAUGCAAUGGUUGCCGAGGGGCUGGCGGAUAGAUUCGCGGAACGAGGCAUCAGGCUUAUUGUGAAGCUGGAGGUACAGAUGGGUGCAUAUGAAGGCAGUGGAGUUGAGGUACAGAUGGGUGCACAUGGAGGCAGUGGAGGUACAGAUGGGUGCGUAUGGCUGUACAGGUGGGUGCUUAUGGAGGAGCCAGGGGAGCAUCCGUGGUGCGGGUCAGGGAUCACAGCAUCGGGAUUCUCCUACACUCCUGACAACUUUAUCAAGGCUGGAGUGGGUUACCUCCAUGCACCAUGGAAGGACAUGGCAUGUCCGCCCUUCCCCACAAUGCUCUCCAUCGUGCAGAGCAUCUCCCUCGCCAUUGGCCGACGCCACAAGGUGGCUGUCCACUGCCAUGCUGGCCUAGGAAGGACGGGCCUUGUUAUCGCGUGUUAUUUGGUUGCAGCAAACUCGCUAUCAGCUGCUGAUGCUGUGGCUGUUGUGAGAGCAAUGAGGCAUUUGUACGUGGAGAUGCUGUCAACGGGUCGCAAGAACGAGCCCCGUUGCUGGCUGGGCAAUAUUCCCCAGAGGGUGCAUGGCUGUACAGGAUCCAGGAUCUGGCGUCUUACGCCUGCCUUCUGUGUUCUAUUUGUUGCAAUCAGUGCAGCGAGGAGAGCCAAGGAGAGGAAUGUGGGGGAUGUGGAGGAGCACUCGGGCAUUCGUCUGAGGAACCGUUUCAUCUCUGCACCGCAGCUAAGGCAGAAACUGGCUGACAUUCGCUUCCUUCGCCUCGAAGCCAUCUCGUAUGUGCAUGUGAUUUCUAGCGAGUACUGCGAUCGACACAUUGCAGCAGCGUAUCAGAGGAUGAAGCCUACCCGCCUCGAGCUCGACGGGGGGAACCUUUCAACUGCGUUCCUGUAUCGGAACAACGUGCGGCGGUCCCGGCAGGUGCUACUAAGCAAUGGUACAUGUGGCAGCAGUGGGAGCAGCAGCAGGAGGGGGGCAAGGCCUGUGGCUGCCCUAGACCAAGACGCCCUGAGGAGCAUUCUCAAGGGGAAGGAGAACCUCACGAGCCGGCCUGUGUCGCAAGGGAAACGGUUUCUGGCAGCAGCAUCGGGGGAUGAGGAGCAGGCUCCCUAUGUUCCUCCGCUUAAGCGAGCAAAAGGCGUGGAAAAUGGGACUGUAGGGGGUGAGACAAUAGGGGGAGGGAGCAGGGUAACAGUGGGUAAGGCUACUGGAAGGGUGGGCCUAUCACAGGAGGGGAGUAUGAAAGGAGGGAUCAAGGAAGGGGUGGAUGUUGGAGAUGGGCACACAGGGGCAGCAAGCAAGGCUUUCAUUCUGGAUUCGUUUCUCAAGACGAGCCAAACAACUUGUGGCACAUAUGAACUUAUUGUUCUUAUUGUACGUUAG